AUCACUUAACACUUCUUGGUGGCCACACGCUAGUUGUCUGGUCCACCGGAGGAGUGUCUACCGACAGUCUGUCUUCAAGAGGUUUACUGAAAGGUGGGCUCCGUUGCCGCCACCACGAAAACAACGUUUGCUUCAACGAAAGAUGAAAAUAUGAAACGAAAGAGGAUGGUUUUGGAACCACGCGUCCCUUUUUAGAUUCAAGAAGAAGACGAAAAAGUCACCCAGAGCCCUUUGCGCCGCCCUGGGUGUGGAAGUGUCUUCCUGGACCAUUUGGACGCCAUCGUGGUGGUGUCUCCGACAUCUUCCGAGCACGCCCGAUUGGUCCGAGGUAUCCGGUGGAGGCGACGAGUCGCCCCGCAGGAUGCCCGCCAAGACCCCCAUGUACCUGAAGACCACCACACCCAAACGAGGCAAAAAGGCCAAACUGCGUGACAUGCUGUCUGGUGAUAUGAUCAGCCCCCCGCUGGGCGACGUGCGCCACAGCGCCCAUGUGGGGCCGCAAGGCGAGCAGGACAUGUUUGGAGACGUGAGCUUCCUAAGGGGGAAAAUGGACAUGUUACCGGCGCGUAACGGCGACGCUCGCUCGCGUAGCGUGGACGAACGCCACGGAGACGUGUCCGCCACCUCGGACUACUCCUACAAUGGAUUCCACUACCAGCCCUCAUCCUCUGGCUUGUUGAAGAACACCAUCUCCAUGCCCGUGUUCAUCGCCCACGAGCAAGCGCCGCCCAAACCGCCGCGCCUGCACCUGGAUGAUGCCAAACAACGGCACUUACAGCCUGCUGACAAGCAGCAAGGACAGUUUACCUCGGAGAACAGCGGCCGGGACAUCUCCCUGUCCCCCUCCCUCCACCGACUGGUGCCCUCAUCCGGAUCCUUCUCUGAGGUGUCAUCGGAGGAGUCGGUGUUGGACGCAUGCAUGCCACUAGAUGAGCAGCGAGGCCUCAGUCUGGACUCGGACGCCGGUCUGAGCAACGAGGACCUGCGCAGCGAUUCGCCGUGCGGACUGUUCCUGCGAUCGGACUCCGCGGCAGACUUGGACCUGGAUCUGGGGCCCUCCAUCCUGGAUGACGUGCUGAGGAUCAUGGACCGUUACAAGGAUGUGGAUCACCGAUGCGAGCUUUGAGCAAAUGGAAGAUAAGGUGGACAAUAAGGCCUUUUACUGAGUCAAUGUACUGAAAUCCUGACAACAUGGCGGACAUUUUGGAUACAGCACUUCCAUAAAGUAAUUAAAAACUGUUUCCACAUUUUAUGUUACAGCUUUAUUGCAAAAUGUAUCAAAUGUAUGAUUGUUCUUCAAAGUCUGCACAUAUGAUCCUAAAAUGACCAAGUGAAAAGUUACCUUUUUUUAUUUUUGCAAUUUUGUAAAAGGUAAAUGUGGUAAAAAUGAAGUGCUGUGAAUGAAAAACGCGUCACUUUUCUUCCAUUGCUUUAUUCUAAAUUUUAUUCAAUUUUCCUCAGAAUUCCUAGGCACAAUACCCCAUAUGACGUGAACAUAUUUUUUUUUCAAAUUUAUGUUGAACUAAAGGCAGAAAACUUUGUUGUACAACACGUUUGAAUAGUAUGCACAAUGCUUCACUUUAUUUUUUUCCCACAUUUUAUUUACAGCCUUAUUUCAAAUUUUUCACACCCUUUAAAAUUCUACACACACCAUCCUGUAAGGACAAUAUGGAAAUAUUUGUUUCAAAAUUUUCCAAAUGUAUUGUAUAAAAUUUGAAGUCUAAUUUUGUGCUUCAUGGGAAAAAAAGAUGGAAGGGGUUGAUAAUGUUUCAAGGGUCUUAAAAA